UGGGCCCGGCCAGUCUGGGCCCAGAGCUCCCAAGAGGCGGCCAGGUCCUCCUCCUCCGAGCCCAUGGCGGGCUCCCGGUCCCCUGGCGCGAGCUGGGUCCUGCUGUGGCGGCUGGCAGCGGGGGCAGCGGCGGUGGUGGGCAGCGUCCUGACCACGGCCCUCUCUCCAACCCCGGCACCGGGAGCCUUCACCCCAACUCCACUGGAGGACACAACCUCACGCCCCGAAUUCUGCAAGUGGCCUUGUGAAUGCCCACGGGCCCCGCCCCGCUGCCCACGGGGGGUCAGCCUCAUCACAGACGGCUGCGAAUGCUGCAAGAUAUGCGCCCAGCAACUCGGGGACAACUGCACAGAGGCUGCGGUCUGCGACCCCCACCGGGGCCUCUACUGCGACUACAGCGUGGACCACCCGAGGUACGCAAUAGGAGUAUGUGCACAGGUGGUCGGCGUGGGCUGCAUCCUCAACGGUGUGCGCUACACCAACGGAGAGUCCUUCCAGCCCAGCUGCAGGUACAACUGCACGUGCAUCGCCGGCGCGGUGGGCUGCACGCCUCUGUGCCUGCGGGCGCGGCCCCCGCGCCUCUGGUGCCGCCAGCCCCGGCGCGUGAACGUGCCCGGCCAGUGCUGCCAGCAGUGGGUGUGUGACGAUGACGCCCGGAGGCCGCGCCAGACCGCCCUGCUGGACACCGGCGCCUUCGCUGCCGCAGCAGGCGAGGGGGAGCCCUGGCACCGGAACUGCAUCGCCUACACCAGCCCCUGGAGCCCGUGUUCCACCACCUGCGGCCUGGGGGUCUCCACUCGGAUCUCCAACGUCAACGCGCGGUGCUGGCCAGCGCAGGAGAGCCGCCUCUGCAACCUGCGGCCGUGUGACGUGGACGUCCGCCCCUUCAUCAAGGCAGGGAAGAAGUGUCUGUCCGUGUACCAGCCAGAGGAGCCCACGAACUUCACUCUGGCCGGCUGUGUCAGCGCUCGCUCCUACCGACCUAAGUACUGUGGAGUCUGCACGGAUAACAGGUGCUGCAUCCCGUACAAAUCCAAGACCAUCUCUGUCUCCUUCCAGUGUCCUGAGGGGCCCGGCUUCUCCCGCCAGGUCCUGUGGAUUAACGCUUGCUUCUGUAACCUGAGCUGUAGGAACCCCAAUGAUAUUUUCGCAGACUUGGAACCCUACCCUGACAUCUCAGAAAUUGCCAAUUAGGCAGGCACAAUUCAUAGAGUUUGGGACCUGCCUCAAAUGAUUGCAAAGCAGUCAGCCCUCCGUGGCCAGCAACGUGACAGUGGAACGUUCUUUUGGCGACUCGCUACUCACUUCGAAUGAUCCUGACCCAAACUCACCGCCUCUUUUCCUGUCUUCAUCUGCUCAAAUGACCCAAGAUGGGGCUGCUCAGGCCCAGAAAUACAGAUCCCCUCCUUGGUGACAUUCUGUACCAUGCCAAAGAAAAGGUCUGUCUCUCUGCCUACUCUGGAGAAGACCCAAGACCGAUCCAACCCAUUCAAGCCAUUGGAAGUCCUCGCGGAAAUUGCUUUUGUCCCAAGGAAUGCAAGGAGCUAGAGAUCGAGUAUCCUGAAUUUCUUCUUUGGGUGCCAAACUGGAAGACCUUUGGGAUCCAUUCAGAAGGAUGGAUAGAACUUGGCAUAGUAGAAUAAGCUAUGGUUUGGGUUCUGUCAUAUGGCACUCUAAUAGUCAAUUCUGUUCUCAGCACACCAAAAUUUGUAGCUAUGACUCCAAAGAUACGUGCGCUACAAGAGUACCAAAUAUUCUCCCAGUGCAAUAAGUAGUUUUAUGAUUUCUAAUGGAAAGGGGAAUUCACUGACCUGAGCCUUGUCAAGUUUAAAUUUCUCUUUCCCCGCCCAACUGUGAAGGGUCCAAAGUGAGUUCAUCCCACCCUGGAGUGAAUUUGAUAAAGCUCCAUUGUUGUUUGUGGGGGGGGGGGGGGAGCCCCCAGUCGGUCCUCCAGACGGGGCAAAGCCAGCUUGUUUCAGAAGCAGCAAACGACCAGAGCGCUCAGUGCUGCCCUAGACCCCUGUGAAGCACAAAGCAGAUCUUCCAGGCUGGGUAUGGGUCCAACUGAACACUGCUUCACCCUUCAUUAGCCCGGGUGGCUUCCAGGGUUCACGUUCGUAAAACCCCAAACCCCCCUGAGUCCAGGACACAUCUCUGUCUGCAGCCAUGACCUAUUUGACAGCCUUAGGAGCUACAGAUCCACACAAUUCAAUUUUCUGGUGUGAGGAGAGAGGUUGAUCAGAGGUUUGGAAAUGUAUUUCAUGGGAGUUAAAAACCAAAGAGGGGUUGGAAGGAAGAGAAGGUGGCUGCAAAUAGAAAUGGGGCUAUUAUUUAUUUUGUUAGUAAAAUACACCAGUGGCCGUCACAUUAUUUUCAUUUAGUACCUCCGUGUCUCACAUGUACCUGCUCCUCGAAUCGCCACGGUCACGUUAGGGAGUUUCCUUGGUUAUUUCUGUUCUUAUAAAUGUGAAAUGGAAGCUCAGAAAGGUAAAGAAACAGCGUGGGUCAUCACAUCCACGCGGUCUAGCUUCGUAACCCCCGGCUUCUCCUGUUUCUAAAUAGGUCAGGGUAGAAAAUAUAUGGUAGUAAGCAUCUUCUUGCUUUUUUUCUGUUGUUCUUAUCCUUGUCCUUCUAGCUCCUUUUCCUGAGUGAGUAUCUGAUUUGCUGACAUUGAGUUGCCUAAGCCUACAAAAUAGGUAGCUUAGAGAAAAAUCCAUGCAUCCCCUAUAAACUAUCUCUCCUGAAAAUCGGAAGCAGCUCCCAGCAUGUGCUUAGCAUAUGUCUGCCCAUCGCUGCGUACUGACGGGUAAUAAAGAGGGCUGCUUGCGAAGGGAAAACGGACUGGGCCUAGGUGACCUCACGUAGACAGAGCCCUGCAUGAAGCACAAAAGGGCAAGUCAAAUAAAUUGUGCUUAAGCUCCUGCUUGGAUUUAGAAAUGCUCCUUAAUUGGCUUAGAAGUGCUCUUCUUCCAGGUGUGUGAAAAAUCUAUUUUUUUUUAAGAAUCAGGGAAAAUCUUAUGUUGAGUGCCACAGGAAGAGACUUAAUAUUUCAAAGGAGGGGAUGUUUAAGAAUUCUCACGUAAAGAGAACUCACCCCAGGGUGAAGCUCUACCCUAAGCUCCACCCAUUGUGUGGUUCAUGAUAGCAACACUAACCAUUAACAUUGAAGCCCUGUGAACUUCAGCACAAACUCCAGAGCUAGGUGGUUCGCAUUAGAUUUGCAUCCUGACUCUGGAAACUCUGGAAAUUCCAUUUGUUGAGCAUCCUAUUGGUGAUAAACUUUACGUUGUCGGAUCAGUGAUCACUAUGCUCGAGUCUACACUUCUCUUCCCCGUUUUAGAAAUAGAAACUCUGGAACUCAAAGAGGAAGAAGUUGGAGUUCAAACCCAAGCUUGUUCUGUUGUACAAAGGUACAGCUUGGGGGAUGGGGGCGGGGGGCUUCUCCGGGAAGAGCCCGGAUGAUUCCCAUGAGAGACUCCCAUUGACAAGGGUUCAAAUCUAUCCAGUAGAUCUUGCCCUGGUCCCUUGUAACUUUAUGCUCUAGGAUAAAGGAAAGGCACAAUUACUUAACCUUCAAUGAAGAUAUUUAUAUCAGUAGCUAGACCAAAUUCCUCAGGUGUUCUGGGAAAAGGAGGGAUUUCCAUGCUCCCCAUACCAUCCAUUGGUUCUUGCUGGAAGGAUAGCUGUCGUGGGGGCCCUUGGCAUGCCACCCUCGUCAGAGGACUGCUGUUGGGUACGGGCUGCCUGAUCUCCUUGCUCCUCACGGUGAACUCAGGAGACCCCCGCCUUGCCAGUGCCCCGUGUUAGAGAUGAGCUAGCUGAGUCUCACAGGCAAAUCAUUCGUUUAAGGUUCUCCCCACCAGCACACGGAAGGCCGGGAUUCCAAACCCAGGAUUAGCAGAGCCCUGGCCCAUCUUUUUGACACUCGGCUGAUGAUCCUGCUCCCAAGUCAUCGGAGCAACUUUUCCAGGAGGCGCUUUGCUGAACAGAGGUCCACAAGGGUGAUUGAAGAUGUUUCAGAGGUUGAGAAGAGAAAGUAGAUCUGAACGAUAGGUUUGUUCGCCCGGCCCCCGACCCAUCUCCUUAAUAUUGUACUGUGUCUGCAGAGGGGCUGAGGAGAAGCAAGGUAGCCUGACUUGCGUGCUGAAUUACGUCAUUGCUUUUUUUAAAGAUGCAAAGCCACCAUGAUGAGGAUAGGCUGCCUAGUGGGAUUCAUUCAUGGUCAGAAGGAUCGACUGUGUUCUUGCACACGUAUGUGUGUAUAUAUGUAUGUAUGUAUCUAGUUUUUAAACUGUGAUUUCGUAUUUAAAUAUGUGUACUGCCAUUUUUGUAAGUGAAUAAAUGAUACAUAGGGAGAAGUGCCUUGGAAUUUCCCAGGAGAGGAAUAAUCACUCUUGGGCAAUCUGACAGGUCUUACACUAUUCCUCAUUUUUCUCAUCAUCUGUGUAGCAUGGGACGUGUUUGCUUGAUGUGGAAAGUUUUCAUUGCUCCAAUCCUUUGUUUAUGGCUUUUCCUCCUUAAAGCAAUAAAUCAUCAGCAAAAUCA